GACUGGUAGAGUCAAUUCCGUGUCGAUUCGUUUUGCUAACGUAACAUUUGGCGCUAACAAAUGUUCUGUUAUGUAACCGUAAUUUGAUAUUGUACUACUUGAUACCGGGUUAAACUAUUGAUAUUCUUGGCAAUGGAGUUUAGUUUUUUCGAAGCGUUUUACUCGUGCAGUUGCGCCGUCGUCACAGAGGGGCGUUUGCGACGGCACCAACUAGCGUGAACAAACAUUGACCAAGCAGCGCGCUCCUACCGCAACAUUCCUAGCGUAAAAGUUAACGUGGAUGGUUUACUCUAUGUAAUUUUGCGGGAAAUUCGUUUUUUUUUUUACGUUUCACCAUCGAACAUAUCAGUGCGAACGAGUAACGAAAUACGAUUUCACUUAAUCUAGUGAUGUGUGCUGCAAAUGUUUCCACGAAAGUGAGAAAUGGAUUUGGAUUUUAUGCCAGAGUCAUAAACAUUACGUGUAAACGCUACGUCAAUGUAAAUUAACUAAAUAAAAUGAAUAGAAAUUGCGGAAGAAGAUUAGCGGAGUUUCAAGAUGAACACUACUGCGCAGGAAAUGUCACCGGUAAUUUCCGACGCUCGUGUUCACUGCGGCUGCGCGGUGAGAAAAUGGUGCAGCGGUCGCCUUUAUCAACUCGAAAAUAUAUUCCGAUAAUCACGGAAAAUAACAACCAGAAACAACGAAGCGAUGGCUCCCGACUUCCGGAGCCUAGCCAUCGCCCACGUAGUCAAUCAUUCAAUGCAAACGGGAGCAAACCAAGAAAAUCCUGCUUGAAAUUACAGGAGCCUUGUAUGGAUAGAAAUUUAAGUAUGACAGAUUCUGCCCACACUCCCCCAGGAUCUCCUGAAGAUUUGCCCGAUGAUGAGUCCCUGCACAGCUAUGGCAGUGCAGCCACUGCAGCAUCCAUUGAUGCAGGAUAUGCUCCAUUCAAUGGCACCACUUUCAGCGGGCGAUCCAUGCGUUAUGUGUUGCAUUGUUCCUCACAUGCUGGUCUUGCAGGAGAGGAAUACCUUACACCAACUCAACGCGCUGCAAAGCAAAUUCGCCGUCUUAAAAGCCUUCUGAGCCAAGCAAAGAAGGACUUGGAAAAGAAAGACAGUGAAAUAUUUCAGCUAACUAAAGAAGUGGUUGAGCUUCGUCUGUACAAGACAUCUAUAUUCUCUCCAGAUGAAAAGUCCAACUCUAGUGAGGUAGUGACAGUACGAGAGAACAAUGAGGAAGCUUCAAUUGAGGAGGACAGCGUCAAAUGUAAAGAUCUUCACAGAUCAUAUGACAUCACUGAUAGUCCAAUGUACAAAGGUCAAACUCCUACCAGGUGCCGUAAUGAGAUGCAAGGGUCAUUUACUGACUCUGGACAUUUUGAUGAUCUUACAAAUUCCUCUCUACACUCAAAGGAAUCUGUUCACAUGUUGACCCACGAUGCAUCAUGUAUGACUGAGAUAACAGAUAGUGACGAGGAGCGGCGUAGCUUGAUGUCUUAUUAUGAGAAGAAGAUAGAAGAUGUUGUGAGGUCACAUGUGGGAGAGACGCAAGAAAUAAAAAAAGCUCACAAUGACAAGGUGGAAGCGUUGCUUCAAAAAUUAGCCGAUGUUAACACUCGCUAUUGCGAACUCUUGCCAAAUUAUGAACAAGCAAAAGAACGAAUACAUGUUUUGGAAAAGCAGUUGGAAGAUGCCAGUACGCAAUUGCAAGAUGAGGACAGCAGACAUCGUUCUAUAUACCUGCAGAUGUAUAAUAAAGGGAAAGAAGCUGCCAAAUACGAAUUGGAUAAGGAGGGCGACCCUGAACCUAGCACUAGCCAAUUGAGCAGAGUUUCAGUAGAGGAGUUGCUGGAGCAGCUUCAGAUCACUCAGACUGAGCUUGAGAAUGUCCAAGACACGGCAUUCACAGCGGACCGAACUGCAAAGUCACAAGUACUUCUUAGUGCAAAGGAGGCUGUUUCUUUAUGGGUCCUAGGAGCUCGCAAGGCAAUGUACCGUCGUAUCGUCGAGACACAAAAAGGCAGCAAGACAAAUGUGGACCCCGAAGUGACAUUGCAAUUUUUAAAAUCGGCGAUAUAUUAUUUCCUCACAGACCCGGAGAACCAUCAGGGGCACUUGAACGCCAUAGAAAAUAUUCUAGGGUUCACUGACGCUGAAAAGAAAAAUAUACGGAAAGCCAGAACAAUAUAGAGACUGCUGGAAAUAUGUGAUAGGUAGUGAACUUUUAUGAAGUGUUAGUUAGAAUUAAUUGUUGCAUGUUCGGCCGAUAGCUAGAUAAAUAUUGAAAAUUAUAGGUGAAACACAUUAUUUUGUGUUGCUAUAACAUAAAUACCGUACAUAUAGUCUUUUUUUUUCUCGUCUGUCUUAUAAAAUAAACAUUUAUUUACUUAACCCUUCGUUUUAAAGGCUCGUCAAAAAAAAUUACCGUAAGAAAAUCUUUUUACUUUC